CUUCAAAUUUCACAUGUUCAAUUUUGAAGUUUUGUCCAAUACGUAACUAAAAAUUGAAAAAAAAAACUUAUAUUGAAUGAAAUUUAAAACAAAUCAUUGUUAAAAUCUAUUGUCCGAUUUCAAGAAUAUCCACUACAUAAAUAAUCCUCAUUACGAUGGAUACCAAACCAGAUAUUAAAGACAUCAAAAUCUUUUCGGAGUCGAAUAAACUUUCAAAAGGUGUAUUAGAAAUGCCAUUCAUGAAGAAAUCUAAAGAGAAGGCCCUUAAACAACUUCAAGCUGAAGAAAGUAAAAAAAUAUAUGCGGCAGAAAUAACAGAGGGAAUGAAGAAAAAGGGAAAUACUGUUUUUGUGGAAACAUCGAUAGCUAAUUGUAAAGAUUUAAUUGAAGGAAGACUCUCGUUUCUAGGUGCAAAUCCAGAAAUUGAAAAAAUUAUGGCCAAUGAGUUUGCUGAGAAAUUCAAUGAGAUGGAAAGAAAUAAGGACAAAGAUGUAUCAGAUCUUGAAAUGGCUAAAAGUAUGUCAUCACUUACGGACACCAUGAGGAAAAAGUUUCAAAGUAAUACGAAAAAGAAAUUCAUAAAACCAUCUACAGAUAUAUAAAAAUGUAUGUUAUGUUUACUUUCAUUGAAGAAACAAGGAACUAAAGCAAAAGACUAUUUAUUGAAGGAGAUUUAUUGAAAAGUAUUUGUUUUGUUUAUGGUUUUGAAAUAAAUUAUGAAAUAAGC